AUGAAAUCAAUGGCGACGCCACCAAUUGACUUCACUUUCUUUGCUUCCCAACCUUCGGGAAGUGGAGGGUCUUUUGAAACUGCUGGUGCUAAGAGAAGCCGUAUCCUUGAACCUAAUGAUACUGAUGUGGGAGCUAUGGAGGUUGAGCCUUUUCCUACGGUAGCGCCGAAACCUAUAAUGAAUUUUCGUGAAAAGCUCAUGAACCCAGGUGGGAUCGGAGUGCAUAAGGAGGAUCUGGUGGGUAUGGAGGAAGAUAAACUCACAAUAGAGGAUGAUGAUUUUGAGGUCUCAAAGGGUACUCGUGGUCCUUGCAUACGCUUUUGCACCAAGGUGAAGGAAUGA